AGGUGGAUUUAUCGCACCAGAGGCUACGGGCCAAACUUUUCAUCCUCGCCGAGAUCGAAGAGAAGAAUCCAGACAACCACCAGGGCAGGUACCUUGGUACACCUUUUGUGGUGCCAGUACAGUUCUGGUCACAGUUUGGAUGGUGGGCAUUGGCUGGUAUGUCGUAAAUCCUCUGGCCAUGAAUAGUACCAGGAAAAAAUCCAGGAUGAAGUCAUCGGUUCUUCUGCCGCCUCUCGACGUGUCGCUGGUCUCCGACCUCUCCGACUUCUCCUGGAUGCGAAGCCUCGGUCGUCACGUCCCACUGCAACCCGUUGGAUUGGCGUGUGACGACAAUCACAGCAGCAUGGUCAUUGCAGAGCGCUUUGCAUUGCAUGAGGUGCAGAUCCCUUCACUUGGGACUUUGCAGCCGAGCGAGUCACAGAACGGGCUGGAGAAGUGCUUGGGGGAGUAUCCUCACUUUCGCGCAGAUGGUCUUGCUGGAGUGCGCAUCAAAUGCACCAGCCCAGCGGGUUGCCACGCAUUGAUUUUGGGUGCCCACAGCAACCAAUCCCUCGUGUGCCCCCUAGGUGCGAGUAGCCGUUGCCAGCCUACAUUGCUGACAUCGGAAACGCUCCGAGCGCGUGGAUGUCCGGUGGAAAGGAGCGAUUUGAACCAAGGGCAAGGCAUUCCGGACAUGGCUUUUCCAACCCUCAUCGAGGCAUCGUCACACUUUCUGGACAGAAACAAAGAGAACAAUGGCAGCGACGGACGGGACAGCAGAGGCCUGCUUGGGGCCAAGCUUGUCAUCAGUCUGUCAGAUAUCCCAGGACACCUUGGUGUCUCAGCCGCCAAUGCCUGGGCUCUGGGAGAGCGGCGUCAAUACAUUGGCAGUUGGAGUUUCCCGGCUACUCAUCGUUGGACGUCCUUGUGCCACGCACAGGGCAAGAUCUUCGUUCUGGGCGUUCCCCAGGCCGGUGAGUCGGAGCUCUGGAGCUUCGCCAUGCCCGAGGAGCUACGGAAGCGGAUCGCCAUGUGAGGCUGGCAAGGAAUGUACAUAGACAUGAUAUGAUAAUAUAUAUUA